UUGCUGAUGUUGGAAGUUUUGUACUAUGAUUUUAUUGAUGUGUGUGCUAUAUGUCUGUUAUAAAAUGUUUGAAACAUAGGAUAGUUUGUCAUAACAAUACAUAAUGAGUGAGGAAGAAAAAAAGAUAGAGAUGGAGGAUGAUGAGAGGGAGAUGAUUGAUCAUUGGAGCCACGAGCAUCCCCUUACUCUGGUGGAUACUCGUGAUUUAGAAUAUUGUUAUGGUUGUGAAGUUCGGUUUGGUAGCGGAGAGCAAGCUUAUGGAUGCAGCGUCGACAGGUGUGAGUAUACAAAACUAUUGCACCAAGAAUGCGCAGCGGUGGCGAGAGAGAUACGCCGUCCAUUGCACCACCCUCAACACAUCCUCAUCCAAUGCCAUGAACCUGAUUUAGGGGGGUGUGAUAUCUGUGGAAGUACUAUUUGGAGCAUUGGCUACAAAUGUACAAGCUCAGGAUGCUGGUUCCAGAUGCACCUGAGAUGCGCGCAUGACAGUCACCUGAUCAAUGCAGCAACCCGUGAUGAUGAGCAAAGGCGCACCAUCAUACGUCAUCAUCCAAGUCAUCCUGACCAUGGAUUGAAGUUGUUGAGGAGAAGGUGUCCCUUCAAGUGCGAUGCUUGUGGCGCCACACGCAAAGGGAGUUCCUACACAUGCACUGCAGAUGAUUGCGAGUAUUGGAUCCAUGAGAGAUGUGCUUCAUUGCCUCAAAACAUGGAAAGGGAAGACCAUCAUCACUCUCUUACUCUCUCUUUUCAUGUCCCACCAGAAUACAUCAGAAUGCAAUACAAAUGUGAUGUAUGCAGCAUAUCUUUUCUACCCAACUAUUGGAUAUAUCAUUGUCCUCUCUGCAGAUAUAUUGUCCACAUCAAAUGCGCCUUCAACAAGAAGCCUCGCGUCAUUGAUCCAUCCAUUGGGAAAGACAUAGUCCAUCUUCCAACGAAUGAGGUGGCCGUGGAACUAAUUACACCGUUUGUGAUGAGACAAAGAGGAGGAACAACAUUGAUACCACCCAUCAUCAUCCCUGCUGCUGCUGCUGCUGCUGCUGCUGUUUUUGAUGAGUUGGUGAAUGUGAAAUAUAAAUUCCUUCAUCACCAACAUCAACUCACUUUACUCUCAUCUUCACAUCUAGAUGAUCAAAGCCAAGAAGAAGAAGAUGAGGAGAAUUAUGGAGUGAGAUAUGAAUUGAUAUGUGAUGGGUGCAUCACUCCUAUAACUAGUAGUAAAAAUUACUACUAUAUGAGUUGCAGUGAAUGCAAAUACAAUCUUCACAUUGCCUGCUUUCACUUGCCACCUCAACUCUCUUCUCUUUCACCCCACCACCAAAAACAUGAUGAUGAUGAUCACCACCUACUCCUCCAAUCUGGUGACAAACUUCAACCUUGGUCACGGGAAUCGUGCAGUGUCUGUGGGUAUCCUAUGAAUGGGUUGUUUUACAGUUGUGGAGAGUGCAGAUUCAAAGUAGAUAUGAAGUGCGCUUGUAUGCCGGAUACCAUACUUCACGCAGCUCACCCGCAACAUCUCCUCAACCAUGUGACGCAGUCGGAUCUACGCUGGGAUAUCAACCGACGGCGCUUGUUGUGUGCUGCUGGUUGUGGCCAACAAGUAGCCAAUUAUGAUUGUUACAGGUGCAGCAACAGCUCAUGUGAUUUCAUUGUGCACAUUGGAUGCGCUGUGCUGCCGGCAUCAGUCAGCAGCCGUAGAUGGGACGAGCACCACCCGCUGCUGCUAACGUACGACGCCACUCUCAACCGUCCUGGCGAUUUCUACUGCGAUCAAUGUGAAACACAGAUGAAUCCCAGGAGAUGGAUGUAUCACUGCCGCAGUUGCGAUCUAUCCUUCCAUUCAUAUUGCUUUCCAACUACAUCCAGCUGGUUUAGAAACAUGAAGUUGGGGCAGGAAUAUGAUGUGAAUGCAGAAACCCAUCCACACCCUCUCACCUUUCAACUUCUCACUACAAAACGCCGCUGCGACAUUUGUCGUCGGGAUAAACAUGAACGGCCUGGAUUUUACUGUGCAUUAUGCAACUUUUUCAUUUGUUUGUUCUACUGCAUUGAAAGAAUGAUCGAUGCUGUUGAUUGAUUGAGAGAAAUUAUAUGUUUCAGAUUACUUGUUUAGUACUCUGUCAGUCUGUCUAGAAUGAUGAUACACAUGUUGUUUACUUCUUUCCUCUUGUAUUCUUAUAUUCUCUGUGUAA